AUGGGCACAAUCAAGGUCUUCAAUGGAGCAUUGAAACCCAGCUCGUCCCCGCCCCUGCCUCCACCGGUCACGUGCUCUACCUCGUGCACAGAGACUGUUGAUGGCUGCCACGAGUUUAAGAUCGAUGGGUACUCGCUCGCCAAGGGCAUGGGAAUUGGCAAGUUCGUCGCGUCCGAUUCCUUUGUUGUCGGUGGCUAUACGUGGGCAAUAUAUUUCUACCCAGAUGGCAAGAGCGUUGAGGACAACGCUGCGUUCGUGUCUCUUUUCAUAGCUCUGGCGAGCGAGGGCACGGACGUCAGGGCUUUGUUCGAAUUGACGCUUUUGGAUCAGAGCGAGAAACAACGGCACAAAGUGCAUAGCCAUUUUCUGAGGAGGCUCGAUAGUGGUCCCUAUACACUUAAGUACCGCGGAAGCAUGUGGGGUUAUAAACGUUUUUACAAGAGAACUCAAUUAGAGACAUCAGACUUUCUUAAAGAUGAUUGCCUUAUAAUUAGAUGUCGUGUUGGUGUUGUUAAGACAAAUACUGAGGGACCUAAAAUCUAUUCUAUAGCAGUGCCACCUUCCAAUAUCAGUCAGCAUUUCGGUAAGCUUUUAGAAAGUGGAAAGUUGACUGAUGUAAGUUUUGAAGUUGAUCGUGAAGUAUUUUCUGCCCACAAGGUGGUGCUUGCAGCACGAUCGCCUGUGUUCAGGGCACAACUCUUUGGUCCGCUGAAAGAUAAAAGCACUCAUUGCAUAAAAGUUGAAGACAUUGAGGUUCCUGUUUUCAAGGCGUUGCUGCACUUCAUCUACUGGGAUGCUCUACCAGACAUGCAAGAGCUUGUUGGGGGCUUAAAUUCAAAUUGGGCUUCUACAAUGAUGGCACAACAUCUGUUGGCAGCAGCAGAUCGUUAUGGCCUUGAGAGGCUCAGAUUGCUUUGUGAAGCUAAACUUUGCGAGAAUGUUGCCAUAAACAAUGUUGCAACAACAUUAGCCUUGGCAGAGCAGCACCACUGUUUCCAGCUUAAAGCUGUAUGCCUCAAAUUUAUUGCAGUGCCUGAAAAUUUAAGAGCUGUGAUUGAAACUGAUGGAUACAAGUACUUGAGGGAAAGCUGCCCUUCUGUCAUCACUGAGCUACUGCAUUGUGUUGCAAGUAUUGGUGAGCAUUCUUUUGUUGCUUGUGGAUAUGGCAAAGGGACAUUAUUCGAUGGCAGCGAUACGAAUGGAAGGCGGGUUAAAGCAAGGUUGUAUUGA